CUGUUAAGCAUUCGAAAGUAGUCGUUUUGCCGAUGGGUAAGUAAAACAGUAUAAAAGAAAAUGGUUUGAAAAUAAUCGCCACACAAAUAUUCGAAACAAUACCUACAACAUGAAACUGAUAUUCGCAACACUCCUAACUUUGGCCAUCAGCGCCCACGCCACUUACACUUUGCCAAAAUUAGUGGUACCAUCAGUCACUUAUGGCGUUCCAGAAGAACCAAAACCAGUUGUGCCAGCUGUAGUUUACGGCGUUCCAGAAGUACCCAAACCAGAACUUGCCCCCAUCAAGACCGAAUACUCCUACACCCUUCCUGCAGUCGCGACAGUACAAACCCAUCACGAAGAACUCCCUUCCACAAUCCACGUUCCUUCUGGUGUAACUACGCUCGUUGAUGGUUACGCUGCUCCCCACGACUCCGUUCCCUAUACACAUGGUUACAUUUCUGGACUCCCAGCACCCCAAAUCCUCAGUCCUCAUGCCCCAAUUUUGGGAUACUCCUCCGUGUACUCUUAUGGUUAUUCCGUUCCUCAUGUCGCUUAUCCCCACGUUACCUACAGUGCUCCCUCAUCUCAAGUAGUCACAAUUACUGGACCAUCUCAGAUCAGUACUGUUAUUGCUGGACAUGAUACUGAAGAAAUCCACGAGGAACAUUUACAAGAGCCCGUUGUGUCGAAAUAUGAAUACGAAGUCCCCCAUGUGGUUGUCCCAGAGGUUAAGCCCCAUACCACCUACGGUCUUCCUCACGUUGUUGUCCCCGAACCUGUGGUACCCCACACGACAUAUGGACUUCCCUACUAA